AUGGCUGAUUUCCAUACGUUCCGCAUCACAGGUGCUCGCACCCUAGCGGCCCUAGCGUGGCUUGGCCUGGAUGCCAUCACUAUUCAGUUGUUGGGCAGAUGGGGGUCUGAUGCUGUGCUUUCGUACCUGGCAGAAGCGCCACUUACCAACCUGUGCGAGCGUCCGAAGCGUCCGCCCAAUGAGGCCAGAUUGGCUGGCAUGAACACCGAAUCUCAGCCUUCCACACGUUCAGUACCAAGCCGCGUUGCGUUGACGAGUUGGUCUAUUCGUCAAGAAUGCGGGCUGAAUACCUGGACAUGCAAUCAAAUCAUUGUUUGGCCCAUGACAAUAAUAUGA